UCAACGUUAAGUAUACUAACGUACUCGGCUAGAGAAGCUGCUACCCUUCACACGCCACCAACUUUCCCCGCUUCGCACGAAAUACGCUGCCGUUUGCAUCGCGUCCCUGACUGACAUCGCAAUUGAAGAGGAAAUUCAGAACCUGUCACCCUACUCUCGCAAUGGAAGACCCCUGGGCCGACUCGGCCGGCGCGUCGGACCCGCUGGGCACCUCGACUCAGCAGAGCGCCGACGACAGCACCACCGCUGCCGCUUCGACCGCCUCUAACUCCUCGGCGACCGCCGCUGCCAGCGGUGCGACAUCAUCCUCCUCCACCUCCACCACCCGCCCCUCGCGUGCCACCCCGCGGCGCCUCGUCGCGCAGCCCACCCGCCUGGAAGCAGUCGAGGACGACCCUCUCGGCCCGCUCGGCUCUGCGAGCGCUAGCACCUCCCCACCCAGCGGCGAUGCCAUCCGCCCCCCGCCGCUCGGCCAGGAAGGCGGACCCCCCGUGCCGCCGCUCAAGGAAAACACCCUCCCCCUCCGCACCACCAUGCCCCCGACCCCGGGUUCGGCCGGCGGGAAGCUGAAGCAGUAUCCGGAUCCACAUCGGAUCGACGACGAUGACGACGACGUCGACGGUAACGACAACGAGGCGAAUGGGCGGGCCGCCGGAGUGGGAGGGAGGCAGCCGCCGCCGGUGCAGGCCGCCCUGCCGAGCCCGGUCCGGUCCACGACGCACCCCAGCGUCAGCAUCGAGCAGGCGGCGCGGCCGACCUUCCAUAUCACGGUGGGCGAUCCGCACAAGGUGGGAGACUUGACGAGCAGUCACAUUGUGUAUUCGGUUAGGACAAAGACGACUUCCAAAGCGUAUAAGCAGAGCGAAUUCGAGGUCAAGAGGCGGUACCGAGACUUUUUGUGGCUGUACAACACGCUCCACGCGAACAACCCCGGCGUGGUGGUGCCGCCGCCGCCCGAGAAGCAGGCCGUGGGCCGGUUCGAGAGUAACUUUGUCGAGUCGCGGCGGGCGGCGCUCGAGAAGAUGCUCAACAAGAUCGCCGCGCACCCGACGCUGCAGCUGGACGGCGAUCUGAAGCUGUUUCUGGAGAGCGAGGCGUUCAAUGUCGAUGUGAAGCACAAGGAACGCAAGGAGCCGGCUCUCGGGGAGAGCAAGAGCGUCCUCGGUUCCCUCGGGUUCGGCGUGGGCGGUGGGAACAAGUUUGUCGAGCAGGAUGAUUGGUUCCAUGACCGCAGGGUCUACCUUGACGCGCUCGAGAACCAGCUCAAAGCGCUGCUCAAAGCCAUGGACAGCAUGGUUGCCCAGCGCAAGGCCAUGGCCGAGGCAGCGGCCGACUUCUCCGCCUCCCUUCACGCCUUGUCCACGGUGGAGUUGUCGCCCACCCUCUCUGGACCGCUCGACGCCCUCUCCGAGCUGCAGCUCACCAUCCGGGACGUCUACGACCGCCAGGCGCAGCAAGACGUGCUCACCUUUGGCAUCAUCAUCGAGGAGUACAUCCGCCUGAUUGGCAGCGUCAAGCAGGCCUUCUCGCAGCGCCAAAAGGCCUUCCACAGCUGGCACGCGGCCGAAUCGGAGCUCGCCAAGCGGAAGGCGGCCCAGGAUAAGCUGCUGCGCCAGGGCAAGAGCCAGCAGGACCGCCUUAACCAGGUCAAUGCCGAGGUGGCCGACGCCGAGCGCAAGGUGCACCAGGCGCGCCUGCUGUUCGAAGACAUGGGCCGGCUGAUGCGCUCCGAGCUGGACCGGUUCGAGCGGGAGAAGGUGGAGGACUUCAAGUCCGGGGUCGAGACCUUCUUGGAGAGCGCAGUGGAGGCGCAGAAAGAGCUGAUCGAGAAAUGGGAGACGUUCCUGAUGCAGCUGGACGCCGAGGACGACGAGUCUGUCUUUUACCGGCCGGCCCCCAUUCAGACGAACAAGCCGGCGGGCGACACAGCGGUGGAUCGCGCCCGGGCGAGAAUCCACGAGGAUUCGGACUAGAAGUUUUUUGUGGGGCGACGGGACGGACGCUCAGGUUGGGCGCAUGCCGGCCGAGCGUCCGAAGGACGACGGCACCGGAUUCAGCCACACAGAUAUGGUUAGCUAACCGCAUUGCGUUCUCGUCAUUGUAUUAUACAUAGCCGUAUCCCACACAUGC